UAUUUAUUUUUUAAAGCAUAGACAUUCAAACAACUUACCCAGGACUACCAAUAAAUCUUUUUAACCAAGACUAUUUUCUUUGAUUGUCUUAAUGAAAGAAAUUCUCCUUACAUUUUCUUAAAAUGUAAAACAAAAUAAGACCAAAAAACCAACACAUUCUCUCAUGAGGUCCCCAUCAUUUCGGUGCAUUCGGUGAAACCCCACUUCUUUAACAAGGAUCUGCAUGUUGAAAGAUGCGACACAUUACGUUAAAGGGUUUCUUUGGAAUAUUGAAAGAGAAAUGACAUGAACUCAGAAUUGUUCCAAACCACGUCUAAGAUAGUAGCUCUUGCAAGAUCAGGUUGGAUCACUUCAGCUCGCAAACUGUUCGAUGGAAUGUCCCACAGAGACUCAGUUGCUUGGAACGCAAUGCUUGCUAGUUAUUCCCAAGUGGGUCUUCACCAAGAAGCUCUCUCUCUUUUCUACCGCAUGAGAAUUUCCAACAUCUUACCUGAUCACUUCACAUUCACUGCAACUUUGAGUGCUUGUGCUGGUGCCUGUGAGCUUACAAGUGGAACUAAAGUUCAUGCUUUGGUAAUAGUUUUAGGUUACCAAUCUUCUUUGCCAAUCAAUAAUGCGCUAGUCAAUAUGUAUGGAAAGUGUUUGAAUCCUUUUAGCGCAAGAAGAGUGUUUGAAGAGAUAAAUGUCAGGAAUGAUGCAACUUGGUGUUCACUCUUAUUUGCACAUACAAAGUCUAAUCAGUUUGAUGUUGCACAUGAAGUGUUUUCUAGGAUGCCUAGGAAAGUAGAGAUAGCUUGGAAUAUAAUGAUUGCAGGUCAUGCACGGCGUGGGGAAUUUGAAUCAUGUCUUUCUUUGUUAAAACAGAUGAGAGAAAGUUUGUGCUUGCCAGAUCAGUGGACCUUGAGUGCUAUCGUGAAUGCUUGUGCUGAAUCAUUGGAAAUUUGUUAUGGAUGCAUGGUACAUGCUUUUAUCAUUAAAGGCGGUUGGAGUUCAGCGGUGGAGGUAAUGAACUCACUUUUGAGCUUUUAUGCUGAACUAGGAGGCCAUGCUGAUGUGGUGAAGGCUUUAGAGUCCAUUGAAACAUUGAGCCAGGUGUCUUGGAAUGCCAUCAUUGAUGCCAAUAUGAAAUUGGGAAAUGCCCAUGAAGCAUUCCUUGCAUUUCAACAAGCUCCUUACAAGAAUAUUGUCUCAUGGACAUCUAUGAUCUCAGGAUGUGCAAGAAAUGGUCUUGGGGAACAAGCUGUUAGCUUGUUUGUCGAUAUGAUGGAACAUGGUAUCCAACCGGAUGACUUUGCAUUUGGAGCUGUUCUUCAUGCAUGCUCAAGUUUGGCAGUACUAGGACAUGGUAAAAUGGUCCAUGGCUGCAUAGUUUGCUAUGGCUUCCAUGCCUACGUAUAUGUAGGCAAUGGCUUAGUAAACAUGUAUGCUAAAUGUGGGGAUUUACAAGCUUCCACUCAUGCAUUCAAUGAUAUUCUUGACAAAGAUCUGAUUUCUUGGAAUGCCAUGUUGUUUGGAUUUGGUUUGCAUGGACAGGCUACUCAAGCUCUAAAGCUUUAUGAAGAAAUGAUGGCAAGCAGAAUAAAGCCAGAUAAAGUUACCUUUAUUGGCCUAUUGAUGACUUGCAGCCAUUCAGGACUCAUUGAGGAAAGUCGUGAGUUAUACGAAACUAUGGUGUCAGUGUACGGCCUUUCCCCUGAAAUGGAUCAUGCGGUAUGCAUGGUAGAUAUGCUCGGACGAGGUGGUUACUUAUCUGAAGCAAAAGAGUUGGCUAAUAAGUAUUUUGAAACAGGGACUGCUGGAAUUAGCGCAUGUGAGGCUCUGCUUGGAGCAUGUUCUGCUCAUUUGGAUGUUGGAUUAGGAAUAUACUUGGGAAAAAGCAUAAAUAGCUUAGAUCCAAAUAAAGAGAUAAGCUAUGUGUUGCUGUCGAAUCUGUAUUGUGCAAAUGGGCGGUGGAAGGAAGCAGAAAUGGCAAGGAAGAAAAUGAUUGAUCAAGGAGUCAAGAAAAUGCCCGGUUGUAGCUGGAUUGAAGUGAACAACAAGGUAGCAGCUUUUGUAGCUGGAAACCAUUCUCAUCCAUUUAUGGAGGAAUCAUGUAGAAUAUUAUAUUUUCUUGAAUCUGAAAUGAAGAAUCCAUGCUUUGUUGGUUUGGAAUUAUAUGAGAUGUGUCUGUGUAUCAAACACAGUUGAUGCAGGCUUGGCAUCCGCAUUCAAUUGACUGAGUGACUAGGUUAAAAUAUCAGGUUUCAAUAAAAGCGAAAAUGAGAUGAAAAGCACAAGUUUGCAUAGCACCCUAUCACCAUCCAUGGUGGAUGGAUUUCUCUUCUUCACAAGAGUACUAGCUGCAACAGAGCAUUUUUUCAGAAAUUUGUUCAAGUAUGAGUUUUUUCUUUAUAACACAGUGAUUCAAAUGCUGCAUGGUAUCAACCUGAGAGUGCUGGGGCAGAUCAACUUUAUAUCUUAUACUGAUUUUGAAUGGAGAAAAAAAUGCACAUCCGUUUGUGAUGCAGAGCAGAGGAUCAAACUGAACUAUUUCAUUGGGCCAAAGUAGUCCAAUUCUUGAUUAUCCUGUAUCACAAACGGGCACAAUAAAAUAUUUUUAGGUUAAUUGCACAUUAAUACCUUGAAAUUCUAAGACCGAGUGAAUUGAACUCUGAAUUUUGAAAUUGUGCGAAUUGAACUUUAAAAUUUAUAAUUUGUUGCAAAUCAAUCCAAUUAGCUAACAAGCUUAUUUUGUUGUUGGA